CGAGAGCCCCCCGCCCCCUCCCCCCGGGCCUGUGGGUGCGCGCGCGCCGGGCAGCGUCUCCUCACAGCGGCGGCGGCGCUGACGGGGACUGGGAGCGGGCGGCGGCCGGAGCUCCGGAGCGCGGCGGAGCCGGCGACGCCUCUUUUUCUUCCCCCUCACCCCGCAUCUCUUUCCUCGCCCUCCUCUUUCUUCCUCACCCCGCCUUCCCCCCACCCCCCCGCGCGCAGUCACCGCGGUUCCCGGCACGGACAACAUGGCGGCGGUGUCGGGGGCCGGGGCUGCGGGCGGCGCUGCCAACGCCGGCGGCCCGGAGAUGGUGCGGGGCCAAGUGUUCGACGUGGGGCCGCGCUACACCAACCUCUCCUACAUCGGCGAGGGGGCCUACGGCAUGGUGUGUUCUGCCUAUGAUAACGUCAACAAAGUUCGAGUUGCUAUUAAAAAAAUCAGUCCUUUUGAGCAUCAGACAUAUUGCCAGAGAACUCUGAGAGAGAUUAAGAUUCUGCUGCGCUUCAGGCAUGAGAAUAUUAUUGGAAUAAAUGAUAUUAUCAGAGCUCCAACUAUUGAACAAAUGAAAGAUGUAUACAUUGUGCAAGAUCUUAUGGAGACAGAUCUUUACAAGCUCUUAAAGACUCAGCACCUCAGCAACGACCACAUUUGUUAUUUCCUUUACCAGAUUCUGAGAGGGUUAAAAUAUAUCCAUUCAGCCAAUGUGCUUCAUCGUGACCUCAAACCUUCGAAUUUGCUGCUUAACACCACUUGUGAUCUCAAGAUUUGUGACUUUGGACUGGCUCGUGUUGCAGAUCCAGAUCACGAUCACACAGGAUUCUUAACAGAAUAUGUAGCCACACGUUGGUACAGGGCUCCUGAAAUCAUGCUGAAUUCUAAGGGUUAUACAAAGUCUAUUGACAUCUGGUCAGUAGGCUGUAUUCUGGCAGAGAUGCUCUCUAACAGGCCUAUCUUUCCAGGAAAACACUACCUUGACCAACUUAACCAUAUCCUUGGUAUACUUGGAUCCCCUUCCCAAGAAGAUUUGAAUUGUAUAAUAAAUUUAAAGGCCAGAAACUACUUACUUUCCCUACCACACAAAAAUAAGGUACCAUGGAACAGGCUGUUUCCAAAUGCUGACCCCAAAGCACUUGAUUUGUUGGAUAAAAUGUUGACCUUUAAUCCUCAUAAGCGAAUUGAAGUGGAGCAAGCUUUAGCCCAUCCAUAUCUGGAGCAGUAUUAUGAUCCAAGUGAUGAGCCUGUAGCUGAAGCACCCUUCAAGUUUGACAUGGAGUUGGAUGACUUGCCGAAGGAAAAGCUGAAAGAACUGAUUUUUGAGGAAACUGCUAGAUUCCAGCCAGGAUAUCGAUCUUAAAUUGUGCAUAGGACAAGGACUUAAAGGACUGGGCAUGCUCAAACAUUGCUGUUCCUCUUCCCAGUUCUUUAUUGUUGGUCAUGUCUUGUGGCCUCUCUCAGCUUAUCCACUAACUCCUUUGAGCCAUUCAGGAGGGCAGUUUCUGGUAGUUUUGGCUUUUCAUGCUUUCAAUGAAUCUUUUAAGCCUGAAGAAUUGUAAUUGACACUCCUAUGCGUAAUGCCCAUUGUUGACCUGUUGCAGUACUGUACUGUAAGUGCACCUACUGCUGGCCGUAUUUUAACUGCUUGCUUUCUGGUUUGAAAGAUGCAGUGGUUCCUUUCACUCCUGGAUCAAUAACCAAGAAGAAAAUUCAUUAACCUUUAAGAAGUUUACACCGUGAACUAUGUUUUUUUUUCUGACUUUACUGAAGUCGCUGGCAUUUUUUUUAGAAAAGCUACUAUUCAGGGCACUUUAAGUCAGUGACAUCCCAGAUUUUUUUGCACUUCCUUUUUAAAUAGAAAUGGUUAGCAUCCAAUGGAAUUUAUACCAUUAUGCUAUGGAUUACAGCAUAAGUUGUGUUCAUGUUAAUCUUGCUUAUGCACUUGUUUGGGUGUCCUGUGCUGUAUAAACAGGUAUUCUAUACAGUGAAAUAGCCACAUGGGAACCCAACUUAAUUGAAUUCAUCUAAGAAACAUUAUUCCAUGUGUACACAAAAUUUGUACCUUUUCUCCCUGCCUUUUCGAAAAGAGAUCAUUUAAAGUUUAACCAUGUUGGGGGUGUAGUACUUCCAAAGUUCAUACCAUGUAGUAGUGUUUAUAAGACUUGUGCGAAGAGAAUGAGUGGCAGCUCGCCAACUUGUAUUUAUUCACUGUGUGGUGGAAGAUUAACAAAGACAUAAUGGCAUGAUGACCUAAUGGUGAAUGCUUUUCUCUGUGGAAGGCAUCCAUAUGUGGUGGUAAGCGAGAAACCAAUAUAUGAUGUUAAUAAACUCAGUCUAGAUACUGCAUACCAAUGAAAUGCUUCAAAUGAGGAUGAUAGUUUUUAUAUUUUAAUCUAAUCACUGACAUUCAGAGUACAUGCAGAGAGGAACACUGCAUCUUUAAAUGAGAAAGUUUGAAUUUACUUUUGCUCCUACAGCAUGUCAGCAUCUCAAGUUCAUUUCUUGCAACCUACACUAUGGUGAUUUGUAAUCCAGCCUCCAUGAGCUCGUGACAUGAAGUACUGUUCUGUUGUCAAGUACUAUCAAAUUUUUCUGAUAAUGCUGAGUUAGGACAACCAAACAAAGCUAGCACUAAAUAAUGUUUAAAAUUGUAUACCUUUUAAUGAUCUUUUCAAGUAUUUGUUACUGAAAUUGUAUAAUGUGGAGUUUACUAGGUGUUAUGUUCCAGUGCAGUGCCUCCUUUUCUUUCCCCACUGCUCUCUGUGGUGAAAAAUUUGCCUUGUUUAAAAUAAUUACUGUGCCCUCGCAUGACUGUUAAAGCUUUCUGUGCAAAGAUGAUUGUCUAAGUGCCACAUGCCUAUGAUUGAGAAAAAAAAAUCUAUUGUUACCUCUGAGUUGUGUUCAACUGAAAUGCUAUUCAACAAAUAACUUAGGAAAAUAGAUCUAUUUUUAGCUUUUCAUAUCUCUGCUGUCUUUUUCUCAUUUUAUUUUGGCAGCAGUGAAGAAUGGAUUGUAUAAAGACUGCUUGCUAAUAUGAACAAAAUGCACUUGUAAUUCCUGGAAAUAAAUUUAAAUCUUAUAUCUUCACAUUAACAUUAAGAAUUAGUUUUUGGUUUCCUCUUGGGUAAUGUGUUUGAAUGGAAAUCAGGUUCAAUUGCUACUGUAGUAUACAAGGAUGCUUGCUGGUUAAUAACUCCAGGCUUCCUCAUACCACUUAGUCUGCUUUUCCAAGAAAUCUAGAAAGCCAUUAACUUAGACUUCAAUAGAUAAGGGUGCUUACAAGAUUCCAUUUCAAAACUUUUCUUUUAUUAUAGUUUAAGUGUUAGUCUGCCAAAAUUAAUUUUUAAUAAGCAAGGGUUCAUCUUUAAAGGGCAUUUUCUAUUAGGAAGUUCCUGUGGUACAUAAAUCUCUGUUGCGUAGAACAUAUUAGGAGCAUUGUCAGGACACUGCACAAUGAUCAUUGAAUUGUAGUAUGGAACCUAUGCUAAAAACAUUUCUAUAGAAAUAUGCACUUGACUGUUGAUACUAGUGUAGAAGUUUCUCUUGACAUUUCUACACAUCUUUACCAAAAUGCUUUUCUCACUCAGUUUUCAAAAGUUGAACUGUUUCUAGAAUCUCUGCUACUUGUAUGAUCAUUGUGACUACAGGAAUAAAUUUGGCGUGGUUGGAAAGAUGACUGUUACUGAAAAAUUAGCUCGUGACACCUCAAUUUUAAUUUAUUAAGGAAGAACUUUGGCAGCUUAAUUCAUCUUUCACUUUCCCCAUUCAUUUUUAAUACUUUCUUUAAUUGUGGAUUUUUGGGGAGGUAUGGACUUACCCUUAAAUUCUCUCCCUUGGAAUGAGGAGCCAAGGGUUUGCUUUACCUAACAUCUGGUGCUUUGGGGCUUUCUUCCUUAGCCAUUAUUAUUAUUGCUGAAUCAAAUUGGCAUCCAUCUGUAUCAGUAAUUACAUUCAUCAGUCUUUUACUGAAUUCAGUAAGCAUUGUUUAGUUGAAUUUGUUGUGGCAUUAAGUGCAGAAGCAUGAUCUUUUUUUUGUCAGAUUUGGAAAAUAAUUUAAAAGAAGGUGCCUAUAAUAACACUGUGUUAUGUCAGUUAUUUCCUAAUUUUACAUUUCUUUAUCUAGUCUAUAUUUGUAGAGCAGAGAACUGAAACUCAAAUGAAGUGACAUGCAUAUUUCAUGGUAAAGAUGUUUUGGGAAUAAGGAAUGUAAACAGUUGACUGUCAAAAACAUUCCAACAUUAUAGUUGAAGAAAAAUAUGCAAACAUAUAAAAUUCUCAUGGCUGCUUUGGCAAAUUAUCUUAUUCUGCUAUCCUGACUGUCACCAGAAUCUUCCUCAUCGAUAUUACACGUAAAAAAUUUGAAGUGUACAACACACUGCAUGAGCUAAGCGGUGUGGUACACUAUGAGCUUUCGGGAGUAGCAGGUGAUUACACAACUGAGCAGUGGCCAAGUGAAACCCAAGGAGUUUAGCAUGGUUUUCCUUACAGAACAGAAAAAAGAAAAACCUGUUGUUGCUGCCCACUGUAAUAUGCUAUGAUAUAUUUAUACCAUGUCAAAAUUGUUUGCUGAGCAACUGUACUAUAGAUUUAAACUUUAUUAAUAUAUAUUUGCUUACGUUAGCAUAGUUUAUAUAGUCCUUGGUUAUUGAUAAAUUUAUUGUGUUGUUACAGCACAGUGAUAUGGUAUAAAUAUAGGUCUAUACAUACUCACAGUAUACACAUGAACUUGGUCCCUUGCAUAGUACUUUUAUAUUUGUACAGCAAUGUCUUCAAGCAAUCCCAUAUUUUAGGGGAAAUAUUUUUGUAAAUGCAGUGAUUUAAACAAAAAAAAGUCCAAACAAUCCUUUUACUAAGUUUUAAAUACAUUUGUGCUUUAAAAUGUUUUAGUUGACAAUUGAAAUCAAGACACUAAAUUAGUGAAAAGUGCACAUUAGUAAAGUGAAGCUUACAAUGAUUUUUGUAGCAUGUGCUGUGAUCAAACUAAGUGAAGCAUUGGAGGAAAUAUAAAAGUUGGACUACUUUGUAAAUCUAGAACAAAUUUCUAAAGGUUGCAGCUGGUUUACUUACUAUUGUUGCCUUUUCUUGUGUUGUAUCAGUGUAGAGCACUCUUAAAAUACUCAAACUGCUUUGUCUUUGCUUUGUACUGUUGGUGCCUUCUUAGUCAUGUACCCCAGAAGUCUUGCAUAGCUAAUCUAGUUAAUGGUAAGUUUAAAAUAAGAAAGCAAAGGAAGAUUUUAUAAAAAAACAAAAAAACAAAAAAACCAAAAAAGACAAAAACAAAAAAACAAAAACAUUUUCUGUAUGUUCUUAUUCAUUGUAACAAUUAAACGUUUAUAUCGUGACAGAUUUGUGAUUUGGUUAAUCUGUAUAGAACAAUUGUAAGUAGCAAAGGUUUAUAUUUCGUCUUAUUCUUUUGAUGUUGUAAACGUAUGUGAUUUUCUUUUUUAAAUCAGGUAACUUAAUGUUCUGUUUUGUUUUUGGCAUCUGAAUCUUGUAAAAACAAAUGCAAAGAAAAUCAUUAAAUUGUGUCCCUGUAUUACCAAAUCAGCAUAGUACUGUGCAUAUAUAGAAUGACUGGAAUUUUGCUUUAAAAUGAAAUGCUGUUCUAAAAACCAUAAAUACGCUGAUGUGUAUUCCAUUAAUUGAUCUAAAAAAUGAAUAUCACUUGAACCCUGCAGUAGUGAGCAGCCUACAUUAAUAUUCUUAAAUACACCAGUAUGUUUAUUCCAGUAUAUGAGAUGCCAGCUGGAAAUUAGAAAGGGGGAAGCCAUCCGAAAAAUUAUAGGUAAAGUUUCCUUAUAGACAGGCAAAAAUAUUAUAUCUUCAUAGCAAGAAAGUUAAGAAGUCAUCAGCAUUUUGAACUGUUGAGCACGCAGAGUAAUGCAAAUGGUUUUCAGUGUAUCUGAUGAUUCACAGACUCUCUUGACAUUCUUUAUAUUGGCAUUCAUAUAACUGUAGCUUUAGCCCUGUUCCCAGAAAAUCUUAAAAAAAAAUUACUUGAGCAAUCCUUAAAGACCAAAUGUUUUCAUGUUCCACAAAAAGGUUCACCUUGGGCCAAGGUUUGAAGCAUUUCUGGGAGCAAUGAAAGUAAGCUUACAUUGCUGGGGGGUUUUUUGGUUGGUUGGGUUUUUUUUUUGUUUGUUUGUUUGGUUUUUUUUUGUUUGUUUUAUGAUUUGUUACCCUAAAGUCACUGUGCCGAAGAACUGAGCUCAAAAAAGUUUACUUGGAUAAUAGCAGCUAGAAACUUCUCUAAUUAAUGUGAAAACAGAAAAUGUGACCUGAAACUAAGGAAAGUUUAGCAGUAACUGGCAGAUGUGUAACAGCUCUCUGAAAAGUGGCUUUUUAAAGUUCUUCACUUCAUAUUCUGCCUGGCUUUCGCACCAGAAUGUUUCCCCCCACCUUCCAGAAUAUUGUAGAAUUUCACUUUGUCAUAGGUAGGUUUAUACAUGCUCUUUCUUUGUCACUGACGGUAGCUGCCUCUCAUUUUCUUUGUUCCAUCUAGCAGAACCCUGCGUCUACAAUAAUUUGCACUUCAGUGAAUUACUUUAAGGUAUAGCUAAACUGCAACUUGUCUCCACUGAGGUUUUGACAAGCUGAUGAUUGACUUGACACUCUUGUAAUGCUCAUCUAAGUAGGUUUAGUUGAGAUAUCGUGCAUCUUUCCUGCAUUCCACCAGAAUCAGACACUGGUCCUUUCUGUCUGUAAGCUUAAAGUGUAAUGGGCAAUCUUAAACUCCUGGAGUCAAAAACUGUGGAGAUGGGCACUGGAGUCUGGGCAUGGGCAUGUGGUUUGUUAGGGCCGUGCUGUUUCAGUUAGAGCCCCCUGGAUGCUCUGGAAGGUUGAGCCCUCAGAGUUGAGGGAAGGGGUACACUCAGAUGUACACUCCCACUUAUGAAGGCUUGUGAGGAACUUUUUUAAUACAACAUGUUUAUUUGAGUAGAUAUUAGUGUAUUAGUAUUUGAUGGAAUCAAGCUUUGUAGAGCUCUGAUUGCAGUACUCUCUGCAGACCACAGAUGCUAGCUUCUAACUGUUCUGUACGCUUAACUUUCAGUUAUUCUUUUUACUAAAUUGUAUAUACGUAACACUGGACAAGAAAGUUGUAAGCAAAACAUUUGAAGACAUACAAACUUGACCACAUUAAUACAUGCCAUGUUUGUGGAUAGUUAUCUUGCUCUGAGGUGCCUUUUGACCACAGGCAAAAUUCUUCAGUUAGCUUAAGAGGAGUUCUAGAGUGGGAACUCUGGCCUGUAGGAAGGUUUUGGUUAGUCCUUGGAACAAGGUCCCAGCGUUCUGCCACAUGCACAAGGUAGCCAGUGUUAAAUCCACAUCCAAAAUGUGGUCCCACUCGUGCUGUGUUCAUGUGAAGGCUAAUUGUUAAAGUUCUAUAGGAGGAUUGUCCUGUAAAUGCUAUAUCCUGUAUCUUUCCCCUUUAUAAAUGACUCAUGCUUAAGACUUUCCUUCCAGGUGUUUUCCAGAACUCUGCCAGUUCUUUCAGUAUAUCUUGCCACUGACAAAUUGUCUUCCUCUUUUUCUUCCUAUUCAAAGUGAGCCUAAAGUUCCCAUGGUUCCAAACAUCUUUCUCUUACGGAAUUCAUGAAAUUUCUGACAAUAAAUGAUGGCUUACUGAUACUGUUAAACUGAUAUAAAUCUACUAAAGAGGUAAGCAGGAAAACUGUGAGCUGUGCUCAGACUCUUCUUGUCGUAAGCAUAACAUGCUGUCUGAUAACUACCUUAAUUUCUGGGAAGGCAAUAUAAAAACAUAUAAGGAACAGAAAGGAAGCUAAAUGAAGCAUGAAGCUAAAAUGAAGCAUGAAGCUAAAAAUUUUUUUGAAUUGUUUGAGAAAGCAAGGUGGAACAUAACCAUGAAAAGUAGGGAUUUUUUUUCUCUAACCUUUAGAUAGAAGGUGUCACCUGAGUAUACAACUGCAGCUGAAACCAGAAGACAGCUUAUCAGGUUCAACCAUGUACUCUUCUGCCACUGUAGUUCUGAGCAGCCUUUGGAUUAAUUAGAUCCACCGAUCCAUCAGUUCCACUGGGUUUCUUUGUUGCUGUCGGGAGCUUAUCCUGCAGUCCAGUAGUCCCAGGUUCAGAUGUUUCUCUUUCUGACUCUAACUCUUUCAAUACCUUGUGAAUAAUAGAAACUUCCUGCUACUUCCUUAGAAUAGCCUUUCAUCAUCUUCUCAGUAUGUUUAAAAACAAAACAAAACAAAAAAUUCCUCCUUAAGCUCCUUCCCUUUCUGUUGAAUUAAUUGGUGUGGCAGACAAACGUGUGUGAUUCUUCUAGCUCAUUUCACCCAGUACGGAAGUAGUUUAUGUGUGUGCAUGAAGACUUUUAAAGGACUUUGAAAACAUUUUCCAUUUCUGAUUUCCUGGAAAAGAGCAAGAAACACCUUGGUAGUCUGUUGGAGUUCCAGCAUUUUUUCAUCUAAAGAUAGAGACUUAAAACCUAAACUGAUUUGUGAGUCUUCCUGAUGUAAAGAUGAGUUUGUGUGUCUCUUCCCACUGUUUCAGUUUGUCUACUAAAAUAUUACUCCUCCAUGUCUCCACCAUCCCUGAUGCAGAGACCUGAUGAGUCUCUGCUGGCCAUGUGGUCAUCUGUCAGGUGUGGAAACCUUCCAUCGCUGCUCAUGUUGGGGUCAUCACUAAUCUUGCUGAGUUGCCAUCUUCCAGCAAUGCUUCUCUUCCUCAAGGUUUUAUACUUUUUCAUGUUGGUAUUUUUCUCCUUUGAGUCCUUUGAUUACUGCGACUGACUCAGUGACUUCACUUCUUUGUUUUCAGUUUUCUUUAUCUUGCAUGGCUAUAGCUUACCUGCAUGCUCACAGCUCAACAUUUUUUUUGCUAUGUUUUUUGGGUUUUUUUCCUUCUUUCUGUAAAACUGAGCCAAGGACACAGUUAUGCUUCACAGAACUGGGCCUUGAGUUAAAGACAGCUGAAUCCUGGGCUGCUGGUUGUGCUGCAACUGCUGGCUCUUGUGAGAAAGCUUGUGCAGUGCAGAACAGCUCCUCUGUUGCACUCAGUCCUUCCAAUACCUGGGAGAGCACUAACUAAAGCAUUGCACAGAGCUGUGAUCUGUUAACUUCAACUUACAGUCUUAAUGCUGCGCUUGAAUACACAACCCAGAAAUAACAAUGGAAAAUUUUAGUCCAUCUAGUCACAAUGCAUGCUUCAGGACUUCUGAAAACUAUUUUCAAAAUUCAGGCUUUCCUAGCAACCUCCUCUCUUCCCCCCAUGCAGUUGUAAGAAAAUGCCAAAUAAAUUAAUUUUAAAAACCCUCUUAUUACUAAAAGAUUUGAGAUGCGCCUUUAGUUUUGUUGUUAUAUCCAAGACUAAAUGGCUGGUUUGGAAGAUGUUUUUCUGCCUUAAAACUGCAAAUGCAAAAGUGCUUAAUUUUCAGAAUUUUGGCUUGGUAUUCACUGAAAUGAUUACAUCACAAGCGAGCUGAACAAUUCAGGGUACGGUUUUUUAGUCAAACAUUUCCCCCAGCCGGCCUUUCUUAGCUUUAAUUUCAGCAGCUAGCAGUUAUGAGGAAAUUUUGACUAAAAAACCUAAGUCCUUUUCUGUAUUCCUGGAAGUGUUAAAAUUCACAAAUGUCCUUAUUUGUAAUUGAAACAUCUUAAGACUUCAAAUUUCAGAUUUUGUAGGUGUUCCAGUGUUUUUAAAAACCUGUUUGUUAGUUUUUGUACAUAUGUAUUCAAUUUGCAGGCUUUCUAAAUAGGUAUGCCACUGAGAAAUGGACGUGGGGGGAACACACAACAUUUUUCAGACUGAAUUACUCAAAAAUACUUCAGUGCAUUUUGCUGAUGUCAUUAUAGCUACAUGUUCUGUCUCAGUGUUUGCUCUAGCAUGCAGCAUAUACAGAGCAGUCUAGCCAAAAGUGGGGAUUAGGAAAAACUGUAGUCAUUGCAUAAGCAUCCUUUUAUAGAUAAACUUAAUUUUUUAAGUUCUGCUUUGAGAGUAGAGUUUGGUAUUUUGGGAGAAUGUAUUAGGCUGUUUUUAUAGCUGACUUCAUGAUUUUUCUCUAAUGAUAAUAUGCCAUUAUUGCAGCAUAGCAAAGGUCUGCAUAAUUCACAUCUGCUCAACUUAAUCACUGGUUUUCUCCUUGUGACAAUAAAUGGCAUUGUACCAAAAGCAAUAUAUACUGUGUGUAGUUAGUAGUUGAAGUAAUUAUUACUGUGCAGCUUUUAUUUUUGUUGUCUUUCCGUUGGUCUUCACUAGUGUGGAUUGUGAGCAUUGACAGUUGCCCCAGGCUAUUCAAGCUGUUGAGGGUAAAAAAAAGUCCUAAAUAAUAUUUGUUUACUUUCUGGAAGCUGCUGUACUUUGAAAGCAGAGAUGGGUUGCAUCUGAUGCUGCAUUAAGCUUAUUUUCUUCCAAGUCUGUCAUCAGAAUACAUCCAAAUCUAGAGAGUUUCUCCGGACUCACUCCUCCAUGUUUUUCCUUUCAAAACAGACCCAGGCUCAACACCAGCAUCGUUAGAGCCAAGGAUUAUAAGAGCAGAAGGGCUAUUUUCCCUGCUUGGUUUUGGGAUUCUGCUAAACUACACUCUACCUUAUUAGAUCCCGGCACUCUAAAAAGAAUGGUGGAACGCUGCAGCUGAUUUUCCUCACCAACUCUCUAUCUCAAGACUAGAUAAGAACGCACAGGCAAUAUGCAAUGCAUGCGAACUCUCUCUAGUCCUUAAGAUCUGUACCUCCUGGCCCCCAUAGCAGUUUUGCACUACUGGCUCUGUAAGCGAAUCAGCCCUGGAUAACUUUCCUUUAAAAGAGGGAACCUUUGUUUUUCCUUUGCCGGUGCUCAAAAGGACAUGGUUUAAGAUAGUUAUCUCCCCACUACUUGUGUUUGACUGCUAGUGUGUAGUAUUCACCACAGUAAAGAGUCACUGUACAAAAAUUUUACUGCUCUAAAAAUAACAAGAGUGAAGAAUUUGCUCCUCUCAGCAUGUAUUCCUCCUUGCUUUCAAAAAAGCUGUGGAAAAAUAACUUAUAACUGAAUAGCUUUUCUGCAUUCUUCAUGCACGUUUUUCUCUGCUGCCUCCUAGUUGUCAUAGAUGUGACUUAUUUUACUGCUAAUGGUGUUUUAAAGACUGUAGUACUACAGGUGUCUUAUGGUAACUUGUAAAUAAAACUACUGUGAACACAUGGUCAAA